AUCGUUAACAAAAGUUAAGGUAAAACAUUUUGCUCAAUUUUGUUGGGAAUGAAUAUUUUGAUAGGGCCAAAUAUGUUUCCCACUUCGAUAUAAAAAAUAUUGAACAAACUCGUGCAGACGUCAACUGGAAUAAGUGGAAAGUGUUUUUCAAAUGAUUUUAAGGUGAAAAUAGGUUAUGUGUGAACAUUAUUGCAUUGUUCUAAGUAAUUCACGACGUCUGUACUUAUAGACAUUUUUAAUUGGAAAUUACUUCAUUGCUAAUAUAUGGCAACCGCCUUAUUAACAUUACAGCCAACUUCAACCAAAAUAUGGUAGUGUUUCAAUCGGUCAAGUGGCGUUCUUCCUUUUCAUUGUCGUACAUUUUUAUGCAAAUUUAUUAUAAAACAGAGGUCGCUUUCAUUUGAUUGUGUUUACAAUCUAAAAUAGACUAUAUUGAUUAAGGGGCUAAAGCUUUAAUAUGUACAUUUUGCUGUUAAUUGUGUCAGCGAAUUUGUGAAUGACCAGAUCGUUGAAAUACGACUGCUGUGCACGACUACGUGCAAAAAGAAAACAAAAGACUAAGCAAGGGAAUAACUCGUGAAAUGUGUUUGAAACAUGGAAAAUUUGAAAAUAAGUGAUAAUUUAUUUGCGAAUAUACGCUAUUUUGUCGAUGGGAAUUUAGACGAUGAGGUUGAAAAGAUACUCAAAGAUGGAGGCGCGCAGUCGAAACGUUUUUUAUCGGAUGUGGUCACCCAUUUGGUGUGUGCGCCCAACUACACUGAAGAAGAAUUGGCUAUGAACUUGGACCUCUACAAUGUUAUACCAGUCACAGAUCAGUGGAUUGUGCACAGCGCCAAAUUAGGACGCCUGGCGUCUACAAAAGCGUUCGAUCCAAGUACUCCGCGUCUUUUCAAAUCUUUUAAGUUUUCUAUGAUAAAUUUGUCCAGAGCAGAUUUCAAACGAUUAUAUGCAAUAUUAACUUUUCAUGGAGCUCUUGUUUCUCCCAGGAUUGAAAGCAAUAUCACACACAUUAUAUGUGGCAGUGCGGAAGGUGAAUUGUAUAAUCGCGCCACAAAAGGAUCAGCGAAUUUGGUUAGCCCGGAUUGGGUGAUAGACAGUAUAAAACAUGGAAAAACCUUAAAUUGCGAAGGAUACCAUCCUCGUCUACUAAAAGUUAUAGACAGACCUAAGACUGUUCCAAAAUUGACUAACAUUUCUACGUCAGUCAGUCAAGUGCCUGCUACAAAUAUUUCGAAUCAAGCUGUCUCGUCAAUGGCUGAUAAUAUCACAGAUUCAAAUUCAGUUGAGAAAACACUGUCGACAAUUUUAGGAUUUGAUGAUGACGACAUAGGUGGCCUUGUAAACAGCAUCGACAAUACACUAGGUAGUGACGUAAAUGACGCCGAUGCUGCUCAGAGCAUUGCUAAUAUCAAAUCGGAGUUGCAGGCAUCUUUACCGCCACUACCUGAUACUCCAACUCUUGCAAACGGAGGUAUUGCGGAUGCGAAGAGUAAACAACUGACAAGCUGUUUGCUGAACAAUCAAGCAAGCAUUGAAGCUCCAUCGUUGCCGGGGAUAUCAGCCGAAAUCUCUAACCAAUCGCAAUUGCAGUCCACUAUGUCAUCGCCAGCACAACAAAAUCUUCAAAUGCAGACACAACCUCAGCCUCAGCAACAAAUAGUGUUUGUGCGUCCUCGUAACAUUCAACAACAACAAGUAAUAGUCGGCGGCACCCAACAACCUGUUUUACCAUCUUCAUUGCCAACGCAGCAAAUAAUUGUUCAGCAAAAAAUUGUUCCAAAUGUCGUUGCCCAGCAACAAAUACAAAUGCAGCAGCAAGGUCAAGCAAAAAUGGGCUCAGCAAACGUUUUGCAACAGCAAAGAACUCUAAAAAGUCCACAGCACCACAUUCAAAUAAUUCAGCAACAACAACUGCCACAACCACCACGUACUCCUCAACCCCAGCCACCAAACCACACGAAUCUUCCUCCUCAAUCUCGUACAGCUCCUUCGACACCCACAUCUAGCGGACCGCCUGUAAUACCUGAUCCGCGAACUCCAACUUCUACACCAACACCUACUGGUGGAAACAAUACGCAAACUCGUACACCACAAACUCCCAGCGGCAGGCAAACACCGGCGCCAAGAACGCCGUGCACAACGCCACAACCAACUAUUCAGUCCCCCCAACAUCCUAAUUCAAUACCGAUGUCGCCACAAUCGCAACAUUCACUCCAACAGCAAACGGUGCAAAUGUCUCCUCAAAUGUUGCACCAACAUAUUUUACACCAACAAAAUAUUCUUCAGCAACAACAACUUCAGCUCCAACAGCACAUACAAAAUGGCCAGAGUUUGACUCCGCAACAACAAGCCCUUCAGCGGCAAAUACAACAUCAACAACAACAAUUAAUACAGCAACAACAGAAGCUUCAGCAACAAUUACAAUUGCAGCAGCAACAACAACAACAGCAGCAACAGCAGCUUCAUCAAAUGCAGCAGUCGCCACGUGUCCACCAAGCUCAGCAACCACAAUCGCCUUCAUUGCAACAACAACAACAACCUCAACUUCCCAUUGGUGGCAGCAUGAUGCCCCCGCAAUCGCCACGUCAGUCACCAGCACUUCAAAUGACACCGCCUCCACACUCACCACAACCUCAGCAACAGCAGCAGCAAUUGGUUCAGCAACAGCAAUUGAGACAGCAAAUGCAAAAUCGGCAGCAGCAACGCCAGCAACAACCACAAGGAAUGGGUGGAACAAUUGGGUCUCCCCAACACCAGUCAAUGAUGUCCCCACAGCACCAACAACAGCAAACUUUGCAGCCCUUUCAACAACCUCAACGCAUUACGCUAGCCCAACAACAACAAAGUCCACAGCACAACUCGGCUCCUCAGUCACCGCAGAUGCAGCAACCUACGACACCAUCGCAGCAAAGUAAACAACAAAUAAUGCAACAAAUGAAACCUAUAGACCCUACGGAUCCAGUACAGGUGGCACAGGUCCUUAGCCGUUCUGCACCGAGCCCGAAUCAUGAAUCCCUAAUAAUGCGACAGCAACAUUUGAAGCAGCAGCAGGCGUUGCAGCAACAACAGGCAUUACAACAACAACAAGCUCUGCAACAACAGGCACUCCAACAACAGGCACUCCAACAACAACAGCAACAACAACAACAGGCUCUUCAGCAGCAGCAGGCACUACAGCAGCAACAACAACAACAAAGUUUACAAAUUCAGCAACAGCCCCAAUCAGCAAGGCAGUCACCUUUACAACAACCACAAGUGCAACAGCAAGUUGUCAUCAACCCCAGCAAUCAACAACAUCAAAUCAUUGCUCAAAGGCAUGUCAUUAACACAUCAACGGUCCAGGGUCAGCAAUUAAUACAAAGCCAUAUGUUGAAUAUACAGCAGCAGCAACAACAACAAAAUCAACAAAAACAACAAAUAAUGACAAUUCAGCAGCAACAACAACUGGCUGUCCAGCAGCAACAACAAAAACAAGGUGGUAUGGUGGUAAGUGGAGUAUCACCUCAGUCACAGCAACAGCCGCAUCAUCAACAACAACAACAACAACAGCCGGGAGCGAUGCAAUUUAGUCAACCACAACAAAUGACAAUGUCAGGAGGACAGGUUUGCAUUAUUCAACAAACUUUGCAACCGCAGCCGCAACAGCAACAACAACAGCUUCAACAGCCCCAAAUAACGCCACAACAAGUACAAGGCGUAUCAAAUUAUCAACAACAAACAAUAAGUCCUAAUAUGCAACAACCCUUGGCUCAACAGCAGCAGCAGCAACAGCAGCAACAACAACACCAACAGCCACAGAUAAUAACCCAACAAAUUCAAAUUCCUCCUCAAUCUGCACAACAAGCACAACAGCAGCAAUUGGGUAUGGGUGGCGGGCCCACGCAGAUAACGGUUUCGAACAAAUCGAAAAUAAUCAUAAGUCAACAACAAUUCCAACAGCUUAGUGUGCAGCAGCAGCAACAAAUCUUGCAACAAAAUCAACAGAAUCAAAACCUUGUUAUAGUUAAUCAAACGAAUUUGACUGCUCAGCAACAACAACAGCAACAUGCACAGCCUCAAAUUGUCCAGCAAAUAAUACAACAUCCUAUGCAACAAUCUCCUCAGCAGCAGCAACCACAAGUUCAAAUGCAGCAAUCUCCACAGCAACAGUUACAACAAAUACCACAAAGCCCAACUCCGGGUCUUAAGCCUCCGCAGCAAACCCCUAUUUACAUGCAUCGCCAACAAUCUAUCGAGUUGGCCGAUGGAGCCAAUAGUAUGGUACAGCAACCGCCACAACAACAACAGUUGCAGCACGCACAGCAGUCGCCGCAAAUAAUAACACAAACCCAAGUCAUACUUAAUCCACAGCAGCAACAACAGCAACAACGUAUACAACUGCAACAACAACCGCAACAAGGAAAUAUGCCGCAACAACCACAACAAAUAGUCAUUAAUCAGCAGGUUAUUAGUAACCCACAGCGCUUACAAUAUCUACAGCAACAGCAGCAGCAGCAACAACAACAACACCAGUUACAAUUGCAGCAAAGAAAACCGCCUCAAAACACAAUAGUUGUCGGUCAACAGCAACUGCAACAAUCUCCUCAACAACAAAUUAUCAUACAACAACAAACUGUUCCCACACAAGCGUCUCAACAACAACAUCCAGCGCAAGCUCAGCAACAACAAAUGAUGGCAAUGCCACCUGUUAAUAAUAUGCCAAAUCAAAUUAUUUUACAGCAACAAAAACCGACCCUACAGCAACAACAAUCAGUUGAUGGGCCGCCAUCACAGCAACAACAACAACAGCAACAACAACAACAUCAGCAACAACAACAGCAGCAACAAAUAAUAUUGCAACAGCAACCAAUACAACAAACUGUAGUUCUUCAGCAGCAACAGGGAUCACAGCAACAACUAAUUUCUGCAUCCCAAUCGCCUCAGCACCAGCAACAGACGCACCUACAGCAACAACAACAGCAAUUAAUUAUUCAGCAAAACUCACCACAACAGCAACAACCACAUUGGUCGGCGCAACAACAGCAACAAAGUCCCGCAGGAAUACAACAGCAACCAAUGCAGUCCAGUAAUCCCGUAGUAGUAAGUGGCACUCAGGUAAUUGCUGGCAAUUCUUCAAUAGGAAACUUACAACCGCCACAGCAAUUCAUUCGAGCCGUACGCCCGGGACAAUGGCAACAGACAGGUAUGCCUCCUGGAAGCGCACCGAUUCAAGGACAACCUCAACGGCAAGUCAUACAAGUCGAUGACAAGACACAUGCACUUCUAAUGACCUUAGAUCCUGUAAAGAAAAUGGAAUAUAUUGCUAAAUUACAACAACAGCAAAACCACAAAAGAGUCCUAAUUCGGCCACAAGUUCCCUAUCCACCACGUGCAGGCGCUCCUAACGUGGUGGCCACUGCCUUAGGCACUACAUUGCAACGACCUCCUGGCGCACCCACACCUGGAACGCAUAUCAUUGUGCAGAGCCAAAUGCCAGCAGGACUCACACAGCAACAGCAAAUGCAAUGGUUACAGCAGCAAGGUGCUCGUCAGGUCGUCGUUCGCGCCGGCGGAGCACCUGGAUUAAGUCCGAUCUCCCAGCAGCAACAACCAAUUGUAGGUGGCGGACAGCAGGUACAACAACAAGGAUCAGUCGCAAAUGCUACCCCAUUCAAUCCCAAUGACCCCAAUCAACAAAUGAUGCUACAACGCCAGUUACGGAUUCAGCAGGUACAGCUGCAGCAGAAACAGACAGUGCACCAACAACCCGGACUGCAAGUGGUUACCAGUGGCCAGCCUGCGAUUGGUGGUGAACAGCAGCCGACUACACCUGGAAACGCAGCAGCAGCACUCACUCCUCGGACGAUUGUUAUGAAUUCAGGCGAAAAUCAGCAGCAGCAGCAACAACAACAGCAAAUUGGAAAUGCGCAGCAACAACAACAAGUUAUGCAACAGACGCAGCAACAGCAAAUGAAUAUGAAAACGAAAACUGCUUUGGCCAAUAUGCUAAACAGUCGUUUGGGCAACAACAACGGCGGCACCAUGCAGAUUCAACAGCAACAGACAAUGGUAGUAUCUGCUGGUGGGACGCCGUUGGGAGAUCAAACUUUGCAGCAGCAGCAUCCGCAGCAAAUAAUACAACAUCAGGUGGUUGUGGCUGGCAGUGCGACGCCGACGGGCGUAAUUUUACAACAGCAACAGCAGCAGCAGCAAUCACCCCAACAGCAAAUCGGAGCAGGCAAUGUUGUGCUGGAACAACAAGACACAGCUGCUGGGCGUUUGCGAUUAAUGACACAGCAACAUAAUGCAUCGUUGCAACAGUCAGGUGCACCGCCGGGCGCGCAACUCAUGCAGGCAGGCGUCGGUAGUGCGCCACCGCGUACUCCACAAGAACUCAUGAUGAUUCAGCAACAACAACAGCAGCAGUUGCAACUGCGCCGGUCGGGAGCUGUGCUGCAGACACAAUUGUCGGCAGGUGGGCAUGUUGUGAAUCCUGCUAACCAACAACAAAUUGUUGCGGGCUCUCAACAGCAUCCCCAGCAAAUUGGUAUUGCAACUGGCGUGCAGCAGCAUAUUUCAGUGGCCCAAAUUCCCCAGUCUCCAUCAGUGCAAACGCCACAAGGCGUAAUGACACCCGGUGGGUUUAUACAGGGCCGCCCUAAUAUGCCGCUGCCACCAAGGCCGCAGUUUUACGGUCACAAUCCCAAUUUAAAGCUGCCGGCUGAUCUUUUCCUUGUCGGCUGCACUUUCUACAUCGUGGAGUACAAAGAAACCGAUGCCGAUGAAUUACCCAUUUGGAUGGAAACUAUACGUCAAUUUGGAGGCGAUAUUGAACGCGUCUAUAGUCAACGCGUUACUCAUGUACUCUGUCGAACGCAACGUCACGGCGACGUAAUGCAGGCUUUGCGAGACUCCAAGCGUUGCAUAACCGCUUACUGGUUAAGUGAUAUAUGUUUUAAAAAGCAAUUACUUCCGCCUUGGCAGGCCUUGCAUCUCCCUUUUCCCAGUCAAUUCGGCUACCAAAAACCCCUGGAAAGGCAUAUUAUUUCAACGUAUGGGUUUGAAGGUGAAGAGAGCUUUCGUGUUAAACAGAUGGUAGAAGAGUGUGGUGCCAUAUACACUUCAUACUUGUCGAAACACAAUACAGUCCUGAUUUGUAAAAUUCCAGAAGGAGAUAAAUACGUUGCCGCUAAAGAAUGGAAUAUACCAAUUGUAAAUGCCAUUUGGUUGGCGGAUAUUUGCAUAGGCAAUCUGAGCGGUAUGUCGCAGUAUGAGAAUCAGAAGUACCAGCAAUAUUCGCUGGAUGCGCCUUUUAGAAUCGACUAUCCGUUAGUACCACAUUUGAUGGCUGCGUGGAAGGCGCCAAUAAAUCUUACACAGGAAGCACAUGAACGCGUCAAACGAUCGCUGGCUGAUCCAUUCUUCGAGCAAAAGUGCAAGCGUCAAAAGAUCUCUCCAUAUCAAGAAGAAAUACCAGAAAACAUAAUUUGUGUUGAAUACCCGCACAAUGACAAACCGCCAAAGGUCAUAUUUUCCCAGGUGGCUGAUCCAGACUCGUUGAAAAAAGCAGUGCUAUCUCUUGGCGGCAUUGUUGUGGACAAUCCAGAGGAUGCAACCUUCCUAGUUAUGACCCGUGAAAGUCGUACUUGUAAACUAAUUCAAGCCGUGUGUCAUGUUGAUUAUGUGCUUAAAUCUAGUUGGUUGGUGGAGAGCGCUAAGGCAGGUCGCUUUCUUUUGCCCGAACCAUAUAAAAUUCAAUACAUACCUGUCGAUGAGAACCUUAAAUUCCAUAUAGACACCGUUCUACGUUCAAGCAUACGAAAUACACUUUUUUCUGGGAAGAAUUUUUUCGUUACACCCGAUGUGUUCCCCGCGCGCAACGAAAUCGUACGCAUGAUUGAAUCAUCUGGUGGCAAAGUGGAGACAAAGCGGCGUACCGCACAAUCGAUUGCUGAUACACAUGCGCAAUCCCCAGAGUCUUACAUAAUUGUAACGUGUCCUAAUGAUAUGCAUUUGUGUAUAGAUUUGACUCGCCAAGGCAGUCCGAAGUGUCCAAUAGUUUCGACAGAGUUUGUGAUGAGUUCGAUACUAAAGCAAAAAUUAGAAAUCGAACCAAACCUAAUAAACUACUUGUACAACAAUAACUACUCAAGUUCCAAGGCGAAAUAGUAUAUUGUCAUUUGUCAUGCGUAAAGUUGGUAGAAUAAAGUAGUUUGUAACAUAAAUUUAGGAUGAAAAUGAUCAUAAGUGUAGAUAUUUAAAUGUAUUUGUAAGAGCAAAAAGAUUUUUAUAAACUUUAUACGUGCAGUUUAUACUAUUAAAUUAAUAAAAAAAAAAAAACCUAGCGUAAACGGUGUAAAAUAAUUGUAAAUAACUCAGCCGAAAAGGGAAAACAUGAUUCAAGAUUUGCAGCAGCAUAAAUUAAAUAAAUUAUGCUAAUGAAACUACCAAAACAUUUUGUAAAACUUUUAAACAUAAGGAAUUAUAGUAAUUUAUUUAUUUUAAGAAAAUAUAUUUCAUAAGUUUGAGUCUUAAACUUAAAACAUCACUUGCUAUAUGUAUACGACUAUAUUUUCGGAAACAUUUUUUACAUAUUGCUUUGUAUAAUAUUUUCCUUACGCGAUUUUAGGUAUAAUCCUGUAUAGGUAUACUUUAAUGGGUUUCACAAUAAAAUUAUUUUAAGAU